GUCCGCGCCCGUUUUAACAUUAAGAUCAUACUUUCAGGGAUCAUUUCUAUAGUUUUUGACUUGAGAAAUAUCGUACGAAAGUGAUCGGUUACUCUAACCACGAUGAAGAGUAUUGAUGUUCCCUUCUGAGCGCGAAGCGGGCAGCGAGUAAUGAUUAAUUUCAUCCGCUCGUUGUCAUUGAUGACCGUUCCUUGCUCCCUAGUGGAGCCUGGAGGUAGGGAACAUGAUCAGAGUGGUUAGAUGUAGAUAAUGUUCAAGAUACGAAGACAUAGUAAUACAUCUGUAGUGACGGGGGCGUCUAAGGCUAUCCCUGAAAUUACCUUAGUAUCCGAUAUUUUUCGUGAUAUAUUUGUCAUUAUAUGCCUACUACUAUUGUUAUUUCUCAUAACAUAGUUAUAUUUAUGAUAUACUUGAGGUACACGUCUAAUAAAUUUAUUUUUUCCAGUACUGCCUACGGUUCGACCAUAGCCGUCGUUGUUUGUUAAACUUUCCACAAUGGUAGGGCAGUGAUCGAUCACUCACUGUAGUGAAUGAUCACUCGGGACUCUGAGGCCAAACAGGGGCUUCACUUGCACUAUAAAUAUGGCAGGUAGCCAGAGGGGUUUGAGUCCCGGCCGGCCCCGUUCCAGCGGAAACGCAUACAUGACAGCAGGCAGAUGGCUGAAUAAAGGUGCUCGUAAAUUUUGAUUUAGCCAGAAUUAAUGAACACUCAUCAACCCGUAUUUCUUUAUUUCUUAUUUAUAACAAAAAGGUCACAAAAACAUGAUAUUAUUGUUUGUCUGACUGCUUAUAGGAUUUGGGCGACUGAUUGCUAAUGAGAAUUGAAUUGAGUGAAUGGACCACCACCAGACUAUUUGGUAAUUAUCAGAUAAUUUUUUGCACACGGCGAUAAAAAAACUAAAGUAACUUUAACGUAGUGAUGAAUGUCUUGUUCUUUACGCGAUUGGUUUGAAAUCUCAAUGCGUAAAUGAUCAUCGGGCUGCCCUAGUGGUUGAAGUGUUGUAAAAUGUACAAAGUAAUGACAGUUUGAAGUAAGUGGGAGGUGCCCGGGAGCCGGUGACAUAAUAGGUCCGGUUAUAAUAAGUCCAGUCUGUUUGCAUAACUCUUAAACAUAAUAACUGUUGCCGUUGUUAACCAAUUGGUAUUGCUUUUCUGAACGAAACGAGUUCAACAAAUAAAGUUUGCUUUGAUCAAGUAUAAUUCGGCUCUUGUCAACCUCAGUUUUACAUUUUAGCUUUCAAAUGUGAGUUGAUGAAUGCAUAUAUCGGUACAACUGCUUUAAUCAUGUUGUAUUAGGACAGAUUGUGUGUGGCUCUGGACAUACCGUUCCCACUGGCUUCUCCAAAAGGCGUCACCCAGUGUCACGUAUGUUUUGGUGAUCAGCUGCCGCGUGUUAUUAUUAUUUUUUUUAAUUUAAUCUAAUUUCUCAUAAUCGUGAUUUAUGAAUGUCCUCACAAACCCGCAAUGAACGUUUUAAUUGCGAACUGCUUGUUUGAAAGUGUGUUCAUUGUAAGAAAAUCGGAACGUUCUUUUGUUUGGUGACGAGUUUUCGGUUCGUGACGUAGGACGUAAACAAGUUCACCAGAGGAGCUUCUGGUCCCCUUUUUGUGCGUGUAGCUUUUGAUCAUAAAGCGAUGACUAUAUUCCUUAAAUGCCCGGGGAGGAGAAACCGAACUGCUGCUUGAUUCGACCAUUUGGGAUUAAUCGUAUCUGGCCUUAUUAAAGCCGCCCACCUCGUGUGUCCAGGCCGUAGUCCGCUAGUGGAGGAUGAACUGGCUGUUUUCCUCGGGUAAAGGCUCCGGAGCUAUGCCUGCGCUCAGCGGGCUGCAGCAGCAGAGACAGCGGCAAAUCGAGUCGCUCCGAACGGCUCACUCAAGUCUGACGGAGAUCCAGAAGGAUGUGGAGUACAGGAUCCCCUUCACUGUCAACAACUCCACUAUCAGCGUCAACAUUUUGCUGCCCCCCCAGUUCCCCCAGGAGAAGCCGGUGGUCAGCGUCUACCCGCCGGUGGGACACCACCUAGUGGACAGCAACAACGGUACCAUGGUCACAAGCCCCCUCCUCACCAACUUCGGGAUGCACUCUGACCUGGGGAAGGUGGUCCAGAGUCUCCUGGACGAGUUCUGGAAGAGUCCUCCAGCCCUGAUGACCGACGGCAACGGCAGCUUCCCCUACAACAUGUACAAGCCAGCCGCCAUGGCCCCCUACCCCACCCCGUCCUUCCACUACGGGCCCCGGCCCCUGGCCCCGCCACCCCCCGCGGCACUGCCUCACCAUGGGGGAGAGGCGGGCCGCGGGCCCCCGGGGGCCCCGGCCCCCUACGGCCUGAUAACGGACCUCCCGCUGGCCGUACCCACAGGAGACUCACAGGCCGGGGUGAACGGACACAUGUACAAGAUGCCCGACAUCCCAGAGAUCUUCCCUGAACUCUCUGACUUGAGUGUGUCCCAGCUGAAGCAGCUGUCGGAGGAGGAGGACGUCUUGCUGAGUUUCUUCGUCACGCUGCCACAGCUCAAACUGGUCUCCAGCGACAAGGAGGAUCUGGUCUCCAGCAUCGUGGCGGUGGCCAAGAAAAACCUCCAGAUGGAGCCACAGCUGGAGGGGAAGAGACAAGAAAUGCUGUACAAGUACGACCAGCUCACCCAGAUGAAGAUGGCCUUUGAGACCAAGUUGCAGCGUCAGCACGAGCUCAGUGAGAGCUGCAGUGUGAGCGCCCUGCAGGCCCGGGUCAAGGUGUCGGCCCACCAGGCGGAGGAGGAGUCCGAGGAGACGGCUGACCACUUCCUGGAGGGGCGCAGCGACAUCGACGACUUCCUGUCCAGCUUCAUGGAGAAGAGGACCCUGUGCCACAGCAGGAGGGCUAAAGAGGAGAAGUUGCAACAGUCCAUCAACACGCACGGACCGUUCCCUACCAGCAUCUAACACACCAGGUCAGCUGGCGGAGGAAGAGGAGGUGGAGGAGAGGAAGAACACUACAACAGCAAGCCCCCACCCCCCAAAAAGGGGGAGAGAGAGAGAGAGAGAGAGGUGGUGAAAGAGGGAGGAAGGGAGGGAGAUGAUAAGGGUGAGGGAAGAGAGCGAGAAGGCGAGGGGGGGAGAGAGAGAAUGGUUAAGGAGAGAGGCAAGGAAAGGAGAGGAAGAGUCCACUUCUUGGUUGACCCUGUAAACGCCAGUUCUGUGACCUUUUGACCUGUAGAACCAGAGCUUCUAGUGAGUGAGGAGGUCUUCAGCUAGGAGGCACCUCCUCUCUUCUCCCCUUGGUCCCCCAGAGGAGACAAACAGGAGACUCACAACGAGGCUGUCCUUACAAGCUCCUUCACUGCCUGACCUCGGGGUCACGACCCAAACCCCCCCACUGCCCCCAAAGCUCUCCCCCCGCCUCCCUGUUAGCGGCCUGCGGCGGGGUACUGUGUUCACCCCAGGGGUCGGCGUGGGGUCACGGAGCACGGUGAUGAAGGUGAUUUUCUGAAACGAUUUGAGAGGAACAGUUUUGAUGGAGUACUGCACAAUGCGCCAACGGGACAGUCCUGAUACUGUAUUCAAGUGUUGAUAAUUAUAGACUUUAUUGUGACCAAGGACACGGACAACCUUGUAUCAUAUACACUUAUUUAAACGUUGGGGUAAUAAAACAUUUAGAAUAACGUGCUGUGUUUGU